AUGCGAGUCCAUGUGUUCGGAAACUCUCCGUCUCCAUCAGUUGCAAAUUAUUGUUUACGAAAGGCGGUUUGUAAUCAUGAAGGAGAAGAACCGUGUGACAACGUAUGUAAAUAUGUGAAAGAACACUUCUAUGUUGAUGAUGGACUUCUUUCUAUUGACAGUGAAAAAGACAUUGCUAGUCUUAUUAAAAGAACACAGGAUAGACUAAUGACGGGUGCGCCUGUAAUCCUAGGAGGGAGACUGAUAAUGAGACAAGCUUUACAGAACGCAAGUGUAGAAUGGGAUGAUCCAUUACCAGAAUAUUUGAUGAAUGAUUGGCAGGUCUGGAAACAAUCAUUAAAGGACUUAGAAACAUUAGAAAUUCGAAGAUCUUUCACUGAAACAUCUUUAGGCGACUGUUCAAAAUGUGAACUCCACAUCUUUUCAGAUGCAUCCAAAGAUGCUAUAGCCUCAGUAGCUUACAUUCGCACAUUCAAUGACAAUGGACAUUCUCAGUUGGGAUUCGUAUUAGGAAAAUCAAAAUUAGCACCUAACCAUGGUCACACCAUACCCAGACUUGAGUUGUGUGCAGCCGUUCUAGCAACAGAACUUGCGUCUUUCAUUCAGAAGACUCUUGAGAUACCUUCAUCUGCCACAUACUUUUAUACAGACAGUCAAGUGGUCCUAGGUUAUCUAUAUAAUGAGACUAGGCGAUUUUACGUGUAUGUCAGCAAUCGAGUUGACCGAAUUCUGAAGGUUUCUACAAAAUUGCAAUGGAACUAUGUGCCAACAAACUACAAUCCAGCAGAUCAUGGUACAAGACCAUUGGAAGUUAACAGGCUAAGACAAUCAGAAUGGUUAAAAGGUCCAAACGCCUUUUUUGAGUCCCAGAAUUUAUCAGAUAGCACACUGUUUGAAGUCAUAGAACCAGAAGUCGACAAAGAAGUCAGACCAUGA